AUGUCGAUUACUUGCACUCUAUCUCUUGUACUCGCUUUAUUCAUUUGCAAUGAUCAUGCUGUUCCAGUCGAUAUUAUCGCGAACGACGAAAAUUUACCUCUUGCUGCAUCAGAUCCAAGCUUUGCUACAGCCAUUGUUAAUACACAAAUAUUAACAAUAUUGGAUUAUCAUGGUGCACAAGUGUAUAUCUACAGUGCACUGUCAAACGAGAAUGACAAUAAAUUAACACCACAAAAAUGGCUAUUCUAUUUUGUGCCAAUCAUGGCUCCAACACAAGACAGUAAUGAUUCAUGGAUAUGGCUUGUAAAUAACGAAAUACGUUUAAAACUAAUGCUGGGUAAUCAAAAUGUAGAAGAACUAGCUCGUAAAGCCAUUAUUAACAAAUAUGAUUUAAGUAUAACACAAUAUUCAAAAUAUUGGACUGUAGCACCAUUAAUAAUUGACUCGUUGAUGGCAUAUAUUGUCGAUGGUGCAACGUUACCAGUUGCUGGUGUUCAUCCUUAUCGAGUCGUACAUCCAAAUUCACUCGUUUUAACAUUUCGAUUUCAAUGUUCAGAAAAUGGAACUGCUCGACAAAUUAUAGAAAAAAUAAAAAAUGGUGAUUAUGAAAUUGAACUUGCAUUUUACUUUGCUGGCUUUAGACAAAUAUCGACAAAUUUAAUAUCAAUUACAAGUGAUCAGUUAAAAAAUGUUUUGAGUAAGACAAUAGCUGAUGGCGCCAACGCAAAUGCACAAUAUAUACAUCGUAAUCAGGCAUCCAAAUUCGUUGGAAAUUAUGUUACGAAUGUCAAAAAAAUGAUUUAUAUGGAAAAUACAAACACGAAUCUUUCCUUGUUGACAAAUGGACUUGAAGAACAGUUUAUUUCAUUGUUACAACAAGGAAUGGAUGCAUCUAAACAAACAACGAUCGAUGCAGCCUUAUUCGAUCAAGUCUGGUCUUCAUCAGAUCUGAAUCCUGAUCGUUUAACAUCUGAAUUGAGUAAACUAUUUACUUACAAUGAUACGGAAACUAAACGUCAUAAUUAUACAAAUACAUAUUUUGAUUUGAAUAAACAACAUUUACAAACAUCAAGCAGCAGUGGCUCAUCUAAUGGAGGAGGUGGCUUUACAUUCUUGGGUCUGGUUACUAUGGGUGGUUCAGGUAGUUCUUCUUCAUCAUCAUCGAAUACCUUGCAAGACAUCUUAAUGCAAACGAAUCAUGAUAUUUAUUCCUUAACUGAUAUACAACGCUUUUUAAAGCAACAACAAUCAGAAUUUCAAUGGAAUGGUGAAAAGUUCAUUCCCAAAUCAUUCAAUGUGUACAAACUGGUUGACUUGACAGAUCGUUUACAAGUUGCAAUUAUAUCGAAGCAAUUAAUUGCAGACAAAAGAAACGGCGCCCUUGUACGACAAGUCAGUGCUGCUAAUACUCCAAUUAUAUAUGCAAACAAACCAUCAACGUUUCUAACUGGCACCGUACAGAUCUUCGCAGGUGCAACAACUCCACCACUUCCCUGGCUCCUAUGUGACGGAGCAGCUGUUUCACGAGUCGAAUAUCAACGGCUGUUUUCUGUUAUUGGCACAAACUAUGGAGCCGGUGACAAUACGACAACGUUCAACCUGCCCGAUCUUCGAGGACGAUUUCCUUUAGGAGUUGAUCAAUCAGGCACAGUUAAUACAAAUGCUCACAAAAUUGGGUUAUUCGGAGGAGUUAAUACUCAACAGCUCACAGUGGAACAACUUCCACCCCAUAAACACGAUCAAGGCACUUACGCUGCCGUAGCAGCCGGAAGUCAUUCACAUUCCAUUAUGGAUCCUGGACAUAAUCACGGAGGUCAGACAGGUAGCAGCCCUUAUUCACAAGGACAUUGGGGAUUGCAUGGGAAUGGAAUUGGAAAUGGAAUUGGAAAUCACGGGGGAUCACAUACACAUUCGAUUGAAUUGGACUAUACACGUAUAACUAUUAAUUCAGCUGAUAGUCAUACUCAUUCAGUUGGUGGUGAAUCAGGCUCUGUGGGUAGUGGUAAUCCAUUCAGUUUAUUAUCACCUUAUCAAACAUUGAAUUAUGUAAUCUACAGUGAUUGA